GAGCCCAUCAAUUUCUUUAGCUUUAUAUUUUCUUUUUGUCUUUGUACGUACUAUCUAGACCUCGUCCCAAAAUUAAUUGUAUUUAUAUUCAGAAAAAUCUUAAAAGCAAUCAUAACAUAAAAUAUUUGAUACUUGCUAAUAUAAUCGAGUAAUCAAAGAUAAAGCUUAUUGUACGUUUACGUCAAAGCUGAUUAAAGUUUUUAAGAAUUCUAGGUUGCAAUCUCCCCCACAACACAGUUUACCAAAAAAAAUCUCCCAACACAACACAAACACAAAACACAAAUGUUUGGAUAAUUAUGUCAAAUUCGUUUGAUGGGCUGAAAUACAAUACAUGUUACCUAUAAUGCGUCAUUUUUUCUGAACUAAAUUACCCAGAAAGGCCCAUUACGUAGGUUUAGUAGACUUUAGAAAAUUUAAACCAAUUGGUUUUACAAGCAAUUUUUGGUUUGAUCGUUUAUAUAUAUUUAGGUUCGAUUCGGUUUAGUUACAUAUUUUUUCAUUAGUUACACCCUUUUUUUUCUUUCUCUUUGGACAGUUUUAAAUUUAAUCGGUUUAGAAGGUAAUAAUUUGUGAGGAUGUUGUGUCUAGAUUUACUUAAGCAUCGGCCGAAAAUACUUCUUUAGAAAACUUCCAAAAUUAGUCGAUUACAUUCGGAAAUUUAUUGAAGCUAAAGGUCGGUUAGAUUCGGUAGAGCUAUACAAUCGGUGCAGUAGAAAGAAAUAUGCAAAAAUGUUGGUUCGGUUAAAGCCGGUUCAUUAAUUAACGGUACUAACGGUGACGGUAACAGAAACUAAUAAAUCAAACAAAUGUUAAUAACGAGCCGUCGUGACCACGCCGUAACGCAGGUUUCUACUUCUUCUCCGAUCAGCUUCUUUCUACGCCUAUCCGAUUUGCGAUUCUCCGACGAAAGCUUAAAUCUUUAGAAUCUAAAAACGUAGGCAACGAUGAAAGGGAUAACGAGGUUUCUGAAUUCUUUUUCGCGACGUAGAGCUCGCGAGAUCUUUUCUUCGCCUUCUCCUCUUCUGGUAUCACGUCGCCCUCUGUUCAUUUCGGCGACAACCCAAUUUUCGACGAGUCAUGGGAUGAUUUAUGCUUCUUGUUACCCUCCGAAAGUUUCUUCCUUUCCUCUCAAAUCGAUCUCACUGGGAGUGCAAAGGAGGACGAUGUUUAUACAAACACAGUCAACACCAAACCCUUCUUCUCUGAUGUUUAGUCCUGGCAAACCAGUCAUGGAAGUGGGAAGCGCAGACUUCCCUAAUUCUCGUUCAGCUAUGAGUUCUCCUUUGGCCAAAGCCAUCUUCUCCAUUGAUGGUGUUGUUAGAGUUUUCUUCGGAUCGGAUUUUGUCACUGUGACUAAGUCAGACGACGUGACAUGGGACUUCCUCAAGCCUGAAGUGUUUGCAGUGGUGAUGGACUUCUACUCCUCUGGCCAGCCUUUGUUUUUGGACUCACAAGCUGCAGCUGCCAAGGAUACUGCCGUUAACGACGAUGACUCUGAAACUGUAGCAAUGAUCAAAGAACUUUUGGAGACUCGCAUCCGACCAUCAGUCCAAGAUGAUGGAGGAGACAUUGAGUAUUGUGGGUUUGAUACGGAAACUGGGAUAGUUAAGCUUCGGAUGCAAGGAGCUUGUAGCGGUUGUCCAAGUUCAUCUGUUACUUUGAAAUCAGGGAUUGAGAAUAUGCUGAUGCAUUAUAUAUCCGAGGUCAAAGGUGUUGAGCAAGAGUUUGAUGGUGAAGAGGAGGAGGGAACUUCGUCAGGGCCAGUGGAGUAGAGUAACAGAAGCACUUCUCAACAUACACAAGAAGAAUAAAACCAGAGGUGCAUUUACCUUUGUCCUCUCAUGAACUUGUUAGCCUUCUUUAAGCUGUUUAUUCUUUAUCAAACCUCAUGAUUUAAUCCCAAUAGUUGAUUUCUUAUUGGAUUAUAUGUCUCUUAUUGAGAGUGUAAAGAUUUGUAGCCAAAGGUUGAGUAGAUGUAUUUGCUGAUUUAA